UGCUCAGUUUGUCAAUCAAAUUUUGGAUAUCAGACGUGCAACACUUGGCUGGAUAGAAUGCUGUUCAAGGUGCUGUUGCUCUCACUGCUGCUCUCUUUGAGCAGCUGCGCGGCCAAGCCCCAUUUGCUGGCCGCCACGCCUGUGGGCUAUGCAACCGUCGCUGCGCCGGCAGCUGCUGUCCCAGUCGCCGCCGCCGCCGCCUACUAUCCGGCCUAUGCGGCGUAUGCGUAUACGCCCGUCUAUUACGGCUCAUACGCCGCGUAUCCCGCCUACUAUCCGUACUUGAGGCGUUGAGCCUGUUGCUUUGUUUUAUAUAUGUACUAAAUGUAUAUAAGCGAGUGAGCAGAGGUGUAUCUUCAACGACAAAAUUGAUUGAAUUACGUGUGUGCGUGUGUCGGACUGUGUGUGUGUGUCUGUGUGUAUGUUUGAGUGUGUGUGUGAGUCUCAAAAUUUUACGCUGUUUUUGCGUUGAUUCGUUUUGGCGGCUGCUGUAAAUAAAAUAAAAGCAUUUAUGGAAUCAACACAGACACGAAGACACGCACACAUGCACACACACACACACACAUACAUAUAUAUACCUACACAUAUAUAGAAUAAUAAGCGAAUCAAUAAAAAGGCAGCCGUAUGUACACGUG